CCGUCAAUCGCACACCACUUGGUUCCUGCCUAGUUCUUGUGUUAGCUUUUGCUCCUCCAAAAUAGUAGCAAAACUGCAAAAGGAAAAAGCCAAUCUCCUUUGCUACUUUCCUUAUUUCUAUUUCCUCUUAAUCUUCAUCGCUGUCCCCACCGAUGGCUCACCAUGACCUCUCCUCUCCGCUCCUCCAGCCUCAACCUUCCAAUCAAGCCCAGUUAAUCCUCACCAUUCACGAUAACGGCUCCGGUCAACGAUCCUCCUCAACUCAAUCCCUUAAUCGUCAGUUUCACCAUCACAAUAACAACAAUCACUCGUCACAUCUAAACCAUAAUUUUCCUAACCCGUUUGAGUUCCUGGGCUUGGAUGGCUUGUCUGUACCUGCACCAUCAACUUUGGAUCCAUUCCGGAACGAUACGCCUGAUAUUGAGGGGCUUUAUGAGGUGCUAAAGAUCUUGGUUUGCUUGCCGAUUGCUGCGGUGCGGUUGGUGCUUUUUGGUGUUUGUUUGUUGAUAGGCUAUAUUGCUACCAAAUUGGCUCUUCAGGGAUGGAAGGAUAAACACAAUCCUAUGCCUAGAUGGCGCUGUAGGUUAAUGUGGGUCACUCGGAUUUGUGCCCGCUGCAUUCUCUUCAGUUUCGGCUACCAGUGGAUAAAAAGGAAAGGAAAGCCUGCUCCUAGAGAUAUUGCUCCAAUUGUUGUGUCAAAUCAUGUAUCAUAUAUCGAACCUAUCUUCUACUUCUAUGAAUUGUUUCCUACAAUUGUUGCGGCUGAGUCACAUGAUUCCAUACCCUUCGUUGGAACUAUUAUCCGAGCCAUGCAGGUGAUAUAUGUCAAUAGGUUCUCACAGUCAUCGAGGAAACAAGCUGUUAAUGAAAUAAAGAGAAAGGCUUCGUGCGAUAGAUUUCCUCGAGUGCUAUUAUUUCCUGAGGGAACGACAACUAACGGGAAGGUCAUUAUUUCUUUCCAACUUGGUGCAUUUAUUCCUGGUUUUGCAAUCCAACCAGUGAUAGUUCGCUAUCCCCAUGUUCACUUUGACCAGUCUUGGGGGCACAUUUCAUUGGCAAAGCUCAUGAUUAGGAUGUUCACACAGUUUCACAAUUUCAUGGAGGUGGAGUAUCUACCUAUAGUUUCGCCCCUUGAUAACUGUAAAGAAAAUCCUGCUCAUUUUGCUAAGAGGGCUAGCCAUGCAAUUGCAAGUGCUCUUAAUGUUGUACAAACAUUUCAUUCCUAUGGGGACUUGAUGCUUCUUAUGAAAGCAUCCGAGUCAAAUAAGGAGAAGCCAUCAAGUUUUAUGGUUGAAAUGGCUAAGGUGGAAUCGUUAUUCCAUAUAAGUAGCUUGGAAGCUGUGGACUUUCUGGACAAGUUUCUUUCAAUGAAUCCAAAUGCCAGUGGCCGUGUUAAUUUCAGUGACUUCGUGAGGGUUAUGAGGUUAAGGGCAUGCCCUCUUUCAGAAGAGAUAUUUGGGUUCAUUGAUGUGGAAAAGAGUGGAUCAAUCACAUUCAAGCAGUUUUUAUAUGGAUCAGUUCAUGUCAUGAAGCAACCAUUGUUCAGGCAAACCUGCGAGCUAGCUUUCUCCAAAUGCAGUGAUAGAGGAGAUCGAAUCUCAAGAGAACAAUUGGGAGAUAUGGUUAGACUUGCAAUCCCGGACUUGGAUGAUGAGGAGGUCCAGGAGCUAUUCAAAUUGUUUGAUACAGAUGGUGAUGGGUGGGUUGGCAAGGAUAAUUUUAUAUCUUGCCUGAGAAAGAAUCCUCUCCUGAUAGCACUUUUUUCAUCUUGUUCCAUGCGCAAAGGCUCAUCAGAAGCUGGUGAUAUGAUGUUGGAAGGGAUCGUUUGAUGCCUAUAUUUCUAUAAUUGGAUGUUUGGUCGGGCUGUGUGAAAUUGAUAACCCCUGAUAUUUUUGGUUUUGUUGAGAGAGAGAGAGAGAGAGAGAGAGAGAGAGAGAGAGAGGCAAAGGGUAUUUUUUAAACCUUUGCUGAUCUAAUCAGGUGAUAAUUUUGAUGAACAUUGGCAUUGAAUUGUACUUUAGUAAUUUAAAUUUAAAUUUAAAUUUAUAUUUUACUUGCACAA